UAAAUAAGCAUUUCACCUGUUGUAUUCAGCACAUGUGACAAAUAAGAUUUGAUUUCAUGGUGGGAACCACACCUGCGGAGAUGAUCCAUUCACCUACUGCGUCUCACAAAGACACGGCGAUUGGAACCAAAAAUGUCAUAUUUGGACUCAUCAGAUCAAAGGACAGAUUUCCACCGGUCGAAUGUCCAUUGCUCGUAUUUCUUGGCCCAAGCAAGUCUCUUCUUAUUGGUGUCCUUUUAAUAGUGGUUUCUUUGCAGCAAUUUGACCAUGAAGGCCUGAUUGGGCUCCUGAGUGGCGCACCUCUCUAAAGCACUGCAUUGCUAAAAGCAUCACUACAGACCCCGGUUCGAUCCCGGGCUGUAUCACAACCGGCCUCAAUCGGAAGACCCAUAGGGCGGCGCACAAUUGGCCCAGUGUCGUCUGGGUUAGGGGAGGGUUUGUCCGGGGUAUGCUGUCAUUGUAAAUAAUUAUUUCUUCUUAACUGACUUAAAUGUAACUAGGAAAGGUACAUUUAAAAAAAUAAUAACACAAAAAAUCCAUUAGGACAUCCUUAGUUCAACCUUCCCCUUAACAAGUCCAUCUUGCACUGGUCAAGAAUCCUGCAUAAAAAAACAUAUUUGGUCUAGCCUAUUAUUAAACAAAUUCUACUAAUAUCCUUGUGAGUGUGGACUGUAUUAUUAUGCAUACUAGAUGGACUGGUUACCUUAUUCUAUGCUCAAAUUCCUAUUCAUGAGUCUAGGAGAAAACGUGUAGGCCUAGACAAUGCUGUUGGUUCAUUGAUUGUGCAGUGUGGCUAAGCCUACAAUUAAAGUGAUUUUGAAUAGACUAGUAAUAUGGGUUUAAUUUUUUCAUAGGCUGACACAUUACCUUUUGCUACAGAAUAUCUCAUCACCAUACGUUUCCAUCUUUUCCUCUCUCUCAUUCCUUUCUCCAGUGCUCAGAGGGGCUGGCAACAGUUUAAUGACAUGUUUUUUGUUGUGAAAAUGUGUAACUAUCAAAGUUCUUGCACAGAGUUCACUAGCUUUCCAAAAUUAAGCACAAUUUCUGGAACAGGGUUGCAGAGCCCAUGGCAUACAGAGUUUGGGCAGAAUAUCAACUCUUGUCUUCACAUUACCAAGACCUUAUCAGCCCUCAAAAACUUCUAGUGAGGACUGGGGGUCAGUCUGAUGAACCAAACUACCCAAUAAUCCCCUCCAUGUAGUCUAACUCUCCACACACAGACACACGCACACAUGAUAUACAAUAGAUAUCAUAUUGAUUAUGUACAAUUAUAAGCAAUAUGCUUUAACUGAUUGAACAGACAUUGUUUUUGUACUCAUAUUUGUAAUAUGGAUUUCACAUAUGCCCUUUUGUGCUUCGAACCUCACCUGCUGUCACGUAUAGGCAGGGAGCAGGUGUGGAAGGAGAGUUUUAAUAACAAUGAUGAAAGGCAAAUGAGCAAAACAGGAAAAGCGUACUGAACAUGAAAACAAACCAAUAGUGCCCGGCGACUACGGGCUAAAUAAAGGAAACGUAAUCAAGGUGAUGAAGUCCAGGUGUGCGUAAUGAUGCAACAGGUGUGACGCCUGCACACCGUUUUUAAUAUUUUUUUUAUAUGUACUGUUUUGUCUUUCUUUUUCUUUUGUGCGAAUAAAUAAAUCUAAAACCGAGAGGCUGCAUGCUCCUCAAAUAGUGGCCUCCUUUCACUAUUCAAGUGCAUAUGGAUGAGAUGUCUUUAUUCCCCUGUUCCUGACCGAUGGGUCAUUCUAAACUAAUUUGACAUAUUAGACUGAGGCAAGCAACACAGCGCAAGCUUUUUUUUUGUGCUACUUUCUCAAAUCCUCAAUAAUUUAUAGUCGCAUCAUGCAGCACAUGUAUGUUUUGAUUUCUAAGACAUUCUAACUAAAGUUGCCAAGUAAGUCUAGCGUAUAGGACCUGUUUCAAAGUAUCCCUUUUAUGCUCAACAUAGCCACUUCAUAUGCGCACUUGCUCCGGAAUGGGAAAAAUAUCCUUUCUAUUUUAUUCAGCUAAGUUCAAUUACAUUCUUCUUACUAUAAAAUAUAUAAUAAUGCCAUGGGACUUAUAAGCAUAUCUUGUCUGCUAAAUGAACAAGCCUACAGCCUAUGUAAUGGCGCAUAGACAGAUAACAUACAGUAGGCCAACUCAUAUUCUGUUCUGUUCUUUGUUGUGAUGGUGUAUGAAAUUGAUUUAUUCAACUUUUUUAAAGUAGAUGUUCCAGCAGCUUGUAUGGGUUUGGCCGGGUUAGGGUGUGGCCGGGGUAGGCAGUCAUUGUAAAUAAGAAUGUGUUUUUAACUGACUUGCCUAGUUAAAUAAAAUAAAAAGUAAAUGCAUGGAGACCUAGAGAUGCUAAACGUGUUGAUAUUAAUUAACGGUCAAUUACUGUGAUACAAGCAGUCUUUGGCAUGACAAUAACCGGCUGACAAAAUGUCAUGACAGCCACAGCCCUAACUCAGGUUCACGUUGAAUGUUUAUGCUGUACUGGGGCCUUAUUAGGUCCCUGGAGUAAAGCGUUUGUGUGCCUCCAACACCUUUAAUUGGUAGAAUUCCUUAGAGUUUUGGACCUCAUUGUUCCAGAGCCUUGCAUACAGGUGAUAACAGGACCCUCUGGUGUCAGAAACUUAACCAAGUCAAACUAACAUCAUUAAAGAGUUGUACACUUACUCAGUAGAGACAAUAUAGUCUCAGUGACAUCAUUCACAGGGCACAGGUUGACUUUUGCUGAUGUAAUAUGCUCUUUAGGAAUCAUUCAGAGGUGAAAUUUAAAAAAAAGUCAGUCAUUUUUUAAACGUUCUUAUCCAGAGCGACUUACAAGUACUAUUAGGAUGAAGUGCCUUGCUCAAGGGCACAUCGACAGAUUGUUCACCCAGUUGGCACGGGGAUUUGAACCAUCGACAUUUCUCUAACUGGCCCAACAUUUUAACCGCUAGGCUAUCUACCACCCAUUUUUGAUAGUUUUGAUUAAUCUUGUUUUAUUUAUUGUAUGUUAAUUUUCACAAGGCAUCCUUGUAAAUGAGAUCCUGUUCUCAAUGGUGACCUCUCCUGUAUAAAUAAAAGUUUUUAAAAAAGUAUCACUAUGUAUUAGAUGUGUUUGACACCUUUUAAUUGGUAGAGUGAUAUACGUGUCAUUAUGACAGAGCCCUGCAUGUUUUGAAUAAUAUGUGAAUAUGUAAAUGUGUGACUUGUUUACUAACGUUCCAGUUUCCGUACAGCAUGUAAUAUGUUGUGUUGUGUAUUUGUAUGCUGACGUUUCUCAAUGAAUAUCCAUGUAAAUGGACAAUACAGUAUAUGGUAUUGUAGUGCUAACAGAACCCUCUGGAAUAUGACAGAACAACUAACUAGAUAAAAAAAAUUAUAAUAAUAAUUAAAGUUUAUUGCUCACGUACACAGAUCUGCAGGUUUUAUGGCAGGUGCAGUAAAAUGCUUGUUACCAGCUCCAAUGGUGCAGUAGAAUGUAUCGGACAUACAAUACAACAACACAAUUAAUCAAACAAGAAAUCAAUAAAUAACCAAGUAGAUAUAUUAGAGUGAGAAUAUCAAUAGGUGGUGUGUAUAGACAGAAUGUCAAUAGGUGGUGUGUAUAGACAGAAUGUAUGUACAGUGGGGUCCUAAACAAUUGACACCCUUGAUAAAGAUGAGAAAUAAUGACUAUAAAAUAAAUAGAACAUUUGUGAAAUAUUAUUUUAUACUAAUGCAAUUUUCUAAAAAAGAUAAGGGUAAAAAAUUAUUGAGACUUUUUAAAGAUUCUUACAAUAACGUAGUCAAACGGUUAGUAUUUUUAGUACCAUAUUCCUAGCACGCAAUGACUAAAUCCAGCUUUUGACUCUGCAAAUGCAUCCAACAAGUUUGUAGUUUGUUUUGGUGGUGUUUCAGAUGAUUUUGUGCCCAAUAGAAAUUAAUGGUAAAUAAUGUAUUGUUAUAUUGGAGUGUCGCUCGUGGUAAAUAAGAAUAUAAUAUGUCUCUCAACACUUCUACCAUGAUCUCGUAUAAUACUGAAUUAGUUGUGAAUGAUGAUGAGUGAGAAAAUGUAAUAUGCACAAAUAUCAUACCCCUCUAAAAAUGCUAACAUCCCCUGUUAUUGUGUUGGUUAGAGGUUAGCAUGUCUUAGGGGUAUGAUAUUUGUUGCAUCUGCAACUUUCUCAGUAAUCAUUAUUCAUGAUUCAUUUGUAGUCACAAGCUUGAUGUAGUCAUAGCAUGGGACCAAAUACUUACGUUUUUACUGCUUUAGUACACAUAAGUGAAUUUGUCCCAAUACUUUUGCUUCCCAAAUUGGGAAGACUGCGUACAAAAAGUGAUCUAAUUUCUAAACGAUUCAACUGAUAUGGAUAUGGGUGAAAAUACCCUCAAAUGAAAGCUGCCAACCUCAUAGUCAUUGUCUGUUUCAAAUCCAAACGUUUGCGGUAUAGAGACGAAAUAAUAAAAUAUGCUUUACUGUCCCAAUAAUUACGGAGGGCACUGUAUGUAACCCCUUUUAACUAAAAAUCAAAUCAAAUCAAAUUGUAUUUGUCACAUACACAUGGUUAGCAGAUGUUAAUGCGAGUGUAGCGAAAUGCUUGUGCUUCUAGUUCCAACAAUGCAGUAAUAACCAACUAGUAAUCUAACCUAACAAUUCCACAAUUACUACCUUAUACACACAAGUGUAAAGGGAUAAAGAAUAUGUACAUAAAGAUAUAUGAAUGAGUGAUGGUACAGAGCGGCAUAGGCAAGAUGCAGUAGAUGGUAUUGAGUACAGUAUAUACACAUAUGAGAUGAGUAAUGUAGGGUAUAUAAACAUAAAGUGGCAUAGAUUAAAGUGGCUAGUGAGACAUGUAUUACAUAAAGAUGGCAAAAUGCAGUAGAUGAUAUAGAGUACAGUAUAAACAUAUACAUGUGAGAUGAGUAAUGAAGGGUAUGUAAACAUUAUAUUAAGUGCCAUUGUUUAAAGUGGCUAGUGGUACAUUUUUACAUAAUUUCCAUCAAUUCCCAUUUUUAAAGUGGCUGGAGUUGAGUCAGUAUGUUGGCAGCGGCCGCUAAAUGUUAGUGGUGGCUGUUUAACAGUCUGAUGGCCUUGAGAUAGAAGCUGUUUUUCAGUCUCUCGGUCCCUGCUUGGAUGCACCUGUACUGACCUCGCCUUCUGGAUGAUAGCGGGGUGAACAGGCAGUGGCUUGGGUGGUUGUUGUCCUUGAUGAUCUUUAUGGCCUUCCUGUGACAUCGGGUGGUGUAGGUGUCCUGGAGGGCAGGUAGUUUGCCCCGGGUGAUGCGUUCUGCCGACCUCACUACCCUCUGGAGAGCCUUACGGUUGUGUGCGGAGCAGUUGCCGUACCAGGCGGUGAUACAGCCCGACAGGAUGCUCUCGAUUGUGCAUCUGUAGAAGUUUGUGAGUGCUUUUGGUGACAAGCCGAAUUUCUUCAGCCUCCUGAGGUUGAAGAGGCGCUGCUGCGCCUUCUUCACAACGCUGUCUGUGUGGGUGGACCAAUUCAGUUUGUCCGUGAUGUGUCCGUGAUCGCUACAUCGUACCCAUAUGCCAUAUGACACUUUUAUCUAAGGGUCUUGGAUUGAACCCACUAUCCUGGUUUUGCAAGUGCCAUGGUCUACCAACUGAGCUACAGAGGACCCGUUAUUGUUGAUUGUCCAUCUUGAGUAACGGUAGCAACCUUUCACCUUCAAAAUUGUCAGAAUUAAGAUAAAUCAAGAAAUCUGUCAUUAAUUCAGAAGUUUACAUCUAGCUAAGGUGUUUGGUGCAGUAUUUCUCAAGAAAAAAAAAAAAAAAUUGCAUGAAAACAAUAGUCAGUGCACUGCAGACAGUAUUGAGUCAGCUGCUGCUGCGCUCAUGAUGGAUUUCUGAGAACAUGUCUACAACUUCAUCAGCAGGCUGUCAAACUGUAGUAAAUAAAGCACAAUCUAUAUGCUGUUUAUCAAUGUGGAAAAUCACUAGCUUGCUAGCUAAGUUCCAUCCCUGUGAAUUGUCAAUGACGCUAGCUAGCAGCUAGCAGGAACAUUGAACAUCUAGGCCACGUUAGCUAAGUCAGCUAACUUUGUCACUUUCUAUUAUAAAGUCGCUGUUAUGAAGCUAGCUAGUAACACUUUGGACAGCUAGAUAAAUCAAGUUAUAAAGUCUCUGCGGAAUGGCGACCUCUCCGUUUUGACAACGUUCUCAUUUUCUAUUACUGUAUGCGUCUGUCUGGCAGUGUUUCAUGUUACAAAACAGGUUGGGGCGUAACACAAGAUGCUCACAAAUGGGUUUUGAAUUUUUAAAUAUUGACAAGUGGCAGUUGGGAUGCAAGUGCACAUCGUCUCAAUUGUCAUUUUGACCAAAUCAGUGGCAGACUGGAGUGAUCCCUAUCAAACACAUCAACAAGUGGCCACUCCAUAAAGGGCUUAGGUGUCAAGUGUUCUUUCAACAGAACAUUGGUGAUGUAUUGUCUUAUGUGAACAAGUGCGUGUUGUCUAUUGUAAACAUGUCUGAGGUGCUGCAGGUCUGUCUCACUGUUCUGUCUCACUGGUUCUGUCGUAGGAUUGGUUAGAGCGCAAUAAGUGCAGCUGUUUCUCCGUGCAUGACAAAUCUGGCGUUACCAUCCCCUGUUAGUGGGCAGGACUCAACUCAACAGUUAAAUAUACAAGUGAUCUAGGAAAAUAACAGGUUACUUAAAUCUCACAAAUGUCUGUUUUGGAAGGAAAUGGUGUGAGUUUUUGUCACAACCCGGUUCAUAGGAAGUGACAAAGAGCGCUUAUAGGACCAGGGCACAAAUAAUAAUAUAAUAAUAAUAAAUUAUUUUGCUCUUUAUUUAGCCAUCUUACAUAUAAAACCUUAUUUGUUCAUCAAAAAUGGUGAAUAACUCACCACAGGUUAAUGAGAAGGGUGUGCUUGAAAGGAUGCAUAUAACCCUGCAAUGUUGGGUUGUAUUGGUGAGAGUCUGUCUUAAAUCAUUUUCCACACACAGUCUGUGCCUGUAUUUAGUUUUCAUGCUAGUGAGGGCCGAGUAUCCACACUCACAUAGGUAUGUGGUUGCAGAGGGCAUCAGUGUCUUACCAGCGUGAUUUGGUAGUGGCACAGGCCGUGACAUCUGGUAGCGGCUUCUGAAUAAAUUACAUUUUCACAGAAUCGCUUGUUGCAAUUUCGAUGAGGCUCUCUGGUUCAGAUAUCGGUAAGUGGACUGGAGGCAGGGUAUGAAAGGGAUAACGAACCCAGGUGUUUGUGUCGUCCGUUUCGGGAAAGUACCUGCGUAAUUGUGCACCCUGCUCACUCAGGUGCUUCGCUAUAUCACAUUUAACAUUGUCCGUAAGCUUGAGUUGCACACAAAAAAUCAUACAAUGAUGGAAAGACCUGUGUGUUGUCCUUGUUGUUGCAGACAGAGAAGACUUCUUAAUCAUAGCCUCAAUUUUGUCCCACACAUUGAAUAUAGUUGCGGAGAGUCCCUUUAAUCCUAGAUUCAGAUAAUUCAGGUGAGAAAAAACAUCACCCAGCUAGGCCAGUCGUGUGAGAAGCUCUUCAUUUGAUUUCGCAAAGCUAUUGUUUUCAACAAAUUAAAAAGUUGGAUUCCAUCUCUCUUUGUUUUCUUUUUUUGUGUCAUUUUUAAGUUACAAUUUAUCCCUUUUCAUCCGUUUUCUGCCACUUACCAAUUCCUUAAUUAAUCGAAUAAUUUAUGCUUUCUUUUAUCCAUGGUUCAAAGUGACAGCUAAACAUAUUUUAACUCUGAAGUUAAGGCGUUCAUAGUUCCUAUGUUUUUAUUCCUAAAUUUGACAAACAGGUUUGAUAUAGUUAUAUUAUGCAAUUGUUGUAAUUGCUUCUUUCAUGUAACAGUACACUGACGUGACUUAUCUCAGUGUUGUCGUCAUAGAUACAGAAUGUUUUGUCUGGAUUGUAAUGACUUGGAGAAGGCAUAAGAAGGUAUAAGUUUGUUUUAUAAAAUACAUUGUAGUCAUUUUGGGUUGUAUAUUCCAAAUACCAACGUCUGUUGUUGUUCUAUGUUAUUUCAUGAUAAAUAGUAUGUAAGUAUUCUAAAAGUACAUUUUGAGGACGAGUCAUUAUGUAUGUUUAACAUCGUUCAACGCAGACGUCGCUAGAGACAGUUGGGGCUCUGUCCCUAUUGAGGCCAGGAGGGGCACCAGCUUCAGUGGUGUCCGGUGCGUCCCAACCGCGCCCAUUGGGAUCCGGCACAGUUACGCACAUCACAGCACCCCUCACCCUCACCGUGGGACCCAUGCACCAGGAAAGCUUUCCCUUCCUCAACAUCACCACACCUGUACAUGAAGUGAUCCUCAGCUCCAACUUCAUAACCCCACCAUCUCUUGGUCGAAAAUGAGAAUCACCUCCUGGGGACUAGGAUGCCGGAGGACCUGCUUUUCCUCACCCUUUGGUUCCUCGUCGGUGGUGGGUCCUGUGUUUGUCCUUCAGCCCAUUAAACUGUCCUCCCAUAUUGUUGGCCCUGUGUUUUGGGACUUUGCCCACUAUGUCAACUCAUGUUCCAUCACCCCGGCACGCUCCAGCAGAGAAACUACUUCCUGUGCCUCAGCGGCCUUGGUCACAUCUGUCCAUAGACUUUGAAUUGGGGACCACGGUCGGAAACAAUGUCCUCCGGAAGGCCAUACUGCCGGAAGACAUGCUGGAAUAGUGCCUCAGCGACCUGUAGAGCGGUAGAUGGACCAGAGAGAAGGAAAAAAAUUCAGAGAAUCUCUCAACAACAAUCAAAAUAGUGCUAAAACCAUAAUCAAGGGGUGAUUGGGUCAGAAUACAGUGUGGUUGUUCUGAUGUCUGACAAAUAGUAUUUGUUCCAAUGAUUUAACUGAGACAAAGUGUCCAUCAACUUGAAGAAGUAUGGUUCAUAAUUUUUUUUAAAGUCUAUGGAAUGUUCAUUUGGAAUGGCACUUCAUUUUGACUGCAUGUGCUAUAGUGCAUAUGUAACAGUUUAGCUUCUGUCCCUCUCCUCGCCCCUACCUGGGCUCGAACCAGGGACCCUCUGCACACAUCAACAACUGCCUCCCACAAAGCAUCUUUACCCAUCGCUCCACAAAAGCCGUGGCCUGUGCAGAGCAAGGGGAACAACAGAGCGAGUGACGUCACCGAUUGAGACGUUAUUAGCGCGCACCCCGCUAACUAGCUAGCCAUUUCACACCGGUUACACAUAUCCCAUACUGCCCUACAAAGGCAAAACGCAGUAACUAUGUAAUUUAUUUUACUGCAAAAUCUCAAUUCAAAGUCUUUUUCUGUCUAGACAGACACCAAUUUCUGAUACUCCAUGAUAUAUUCUGAUCAACUGGCUUGUUCUUGUGUCAGGAAACAAAAUACCACAUUUAUCAGAUAAUAUACCUGGCUAUUACAUCAGAUCAAAUUCAUAGUUACUGGGUUUUGCCUUUGUAGGUCAGCACAAACAUGCCAUUUCAUCAACUUCCCUACUGUCAACUUUCCUAAACACUGACUAGCUGACAUGUGGUGUGCCAUCAUGUCUCCUGAGGUUCUGGAUUAUGUUCCAAACUGAGCACUGACAUCACCCAAACCAGUUAGUCUGCACAGUUAUCCUAUUUCCCAUUUAAGAAAGUAAAAUAGCCUUUGAGUGACCAAAACAUCACCCAUAUUUUAAUAUCCCCAUUAAAAUGCUCAGUUAUGAAAAUGUACUUUUUAUCUCAUCUCUAACUAUCAUUAAGGCUGAAGGACAGGCUAGCUGGGCACAGCAACAUCCAAUCCUGUCAUAUAUUACAUCAUGCUUUCAUUAAUGAUUUGUUUAUCAAACAUUUUGUUCAUUUGUGUGCUCACGUGCGUGUAUGUGUGCGUGUGGAGACUCCUGGGAGGGGUGUCUGUCAGUAACUCAAUGAUAAAUAGAGAGGUUUUUCUCAGAGUUUGUCAGAAGUCGGACCUGACAGGGUCACACCCAGGACCAAGCAGGAGAAGGACCUCAGCAUUUUGACCUUUUAUUACAAAUGGAGAAACAUGAAGAUGUUCAAUACUGUUUUCAAGACGGAAACUCUUCCUGCAGAAAGGUUUUGCUAUCGACAUCUAUCUACGUAACAUUGUACAUCUUCUUCUCGUUGAUUUCAGCGGUUACAGUAUUUUUGAACGUACUGGUGAUCAUCUCCAUCUCUCACUUCAAGCAGAUCCACACUACAACCAACCUGCUCAUCCUCUCUCUGGCUGUGUCAGAUCUCCUGGUGGGACUGAUUGUGAUACCAGUAACGACUGUAGCAUUAAUGGAAUCAUGCUGGGAUUUUGAGGAAUAUUUCUGUGUGUUUCAGAUCUACAUUACUUUCUUAUGUACUUCUUUAUCUCUGGGCAAUUUGGUCUUGAUAUCUAUUGACCGCUAUGUUGCUGUGUGUGAUCCCUUAUUGUACCACUCUAAAAUAACAAUAACAAGAAUGAUGUGUUGUAUAUCCAUUACCUGGUGUUGUUGUAUCAUAUACCGUGCUGCUAUUAUAAAAAACUUUGUAAAUGUGCAGGUACCCAGUAGGUGUUUGAAUGAAUGUUUUAUUGUUGAAGGAAUAACAUGGGGUAAUAUCAUUGACCUUGUAUUUACAAUGGUUGUCCCGUGCUCUAUUAUUAUAACACUUUAUAUGAAAAUCUUUGUAGUGGCCAGAUCACAGGCCAGUAAGGUAUUUUCAAAAGAGGCUGCCAGUGUGUCUGGUGUUAAAACUGUACAGGCUAAUAAGUCUGAGAGAAAAGCAGCAAAAACUCUAGCUAUUGUUGUUUUCAACUAUUUAAUUUGUUGGAUUCCAUUUUUAUUUUCUUUCUUUUUGUAUUUUUUAAUUGACAGUUUAUUUUCAGUUAUGAUCAUCGGCUUUCUGCCACUUGCCAAUUCCUUAAUUAAUCCAAUAAUUUAUGCUUUCUUUUAUCCGUGGUUCAAAGUGACAGCUAAACGUAUUUUAACUCUGAACUUUUAAUUUAUUUUUAUUUUUUAUCCUUUAUUUAACUAGGCAAGUCAGUUAAGAACAAAUUCUUAUUUACAAUGUCGGCCUAACUUAACUUAAGGCAUAAAUAUAGUUCAUAUGUUUUUUGACAAACGUGUUUGAUAUAGUUUUGUAAUACAAUUGUUGUAAUUGCUUCUUUCAUGUAACAAUACACCGACAUUACUUAUCUCAGUGUUGUCAUCAUACGUGUGGUGUUGAUACCCAAUGAUUUGUCUGGAUUGGAUUGGAAUGACUUGGAGAAGGGAUAAGAAGGCAUAAGCUUGUUUUAUAAAAGACAUUGUAGUCAUUUUGGGUUGUAUAUUCCAAAUACCAACGCCUGUGGUUGUUCCAUGUUAUUUAAUGAUAAAUAGUAUGUAAGUAUUCUAAAAGUACAUUUGGAGGACGUCAUGAGUCGUUAUGUAGGUUUAACAUCACCCUCUAGUGGCUCAUUUGGGACACAAUGCCUUCAACAAGUGCAGUAAAAUUUUAAUGUACAAUAUGCAUGAUAUCAGAUAAUGGACAAGUCUAUCUCAAUGGUAUAUGUAAGUAGUCUAGGGUAAAAUGCAAGAAUAUGCAAAUAUGUGUAACACUUUAUAAUGUUCAGUAAUAAGCCAUUUGUAAGGCAUUUACAGUUUGGUCACCAUUUAUAAUUACACCCACAUUUGUUAAAUGUUAAUCAGCUUUGUAUUCUCACAUUUAUAAAUACCUACUAUAUGCUUUAAUUAUUCAACACAACAGAGCAGGAAACCACAGCAGACACUUCAACCUCAACAUACUGGGUAUUAACACUACCACUACUCUCACUACAUCACUGCUGCCAGGUCAGGGGUCACACCAGAGCAGCUCUCUCAGAUGCUGUUUACUCUGAAUGUAUAUAGAGAGUGCUGAAACUUUAUAAUUUUAACAUUUACAUUUAAGUCAUUUAGCAGACGCUCUUAUCCAGAGCGACUUACUAAUAACACCUUGUAUUAAAGCAUUUAGAAUGGAUUAGUAAAUAGUUAUGUAUCAUUACUCCCGCAUUUGUUCUAGUAAGCUAGUUAUUCACACAUGUAUAUACAACUUUUAAAGUAUGUAAUAAUGAUUCAUAAGAUAAUUCAUCAGAUAUUUAAUAAAUAUCUUUAUAAACCAUUUACUGAUUAUUAGUAAAGUCGUUUUGCAGUCCCUAAUCUAAAGUGAGGACUAUUCAAACUUUCUUAAUAAUUUAAAUGUUUGAACAGAGACAAGUGUAAUUUAUGACAAGAAGAUGGACAUGCUAUUGGUAGACAUUCCAGCAGGACCUGAUGCUCCUUAAGUUCUCACAAUGACCUAGAACAAAUCAAUGGUUAAACAAUAAGCACACAACACAGAGGAUGUUAAAGGAAAUAUAUUGAGUAUUUUAUUCCAAAACAGUCACACUGUUGUAGUAGUGUGCUGAAGGAAGUAAUGUGUUUGUCUGAAAAUGCUGACAUUCGUGUUUUUUGGCAGUGAUUAUCAAAUACCAAAGUGUGGAUUGCAGUCACUCAUGAGAGCAGUUCAUAGACUGAUUACUGGGUAAGGGAACCAAUAUCUAAAUACAUCAUUUAACUGAACAUUACUUUUAAAGGGUUACUACCUUUAAUACACUACAAGUGAAGUUGUCCAAAUACUUAUGACUUCUUCAAAUGGGAGGACUAGAUACAUGAGGUGUUUUCAUUUCUAAACGGGAAAACAGAUAUGUAUGAAAAUACCCUCAACUAAAAGGUGACAUUCUAUGAUGUCACCUCAUAUGCAACAAUUGAUCUCAAAUCCAAAAUGCUGGAGUAAAGAGCCAAGUUUAAAAACAGUUUUACUGCAGAGUUUUACACCCACUGGGCACACACUGGUUGAAUCAACGUUUUCUUUUGAAUCAACAUGGAGUAGACAUUACAUUGACGUCUGUGCCCAGUGGGCAGAGAUUGUUUUCAGUAUGUACAGUGGCCAUAGGAGGACAGUAUAAUUCACAAUCUGUAAAUGAGUGGGAUAACUAGACUCAUUCUAUAUGAAAGAGAAUUAUGUCUGUUCUAUACAGUCAAUUUCUAUCUGAACUUUCUGUGUAAGGUGAAAAGUGUGUCUGUGCCAAACUGAGAAGAGACCAUCUGUCUGAACAAUACCAGACUUCAACAACAGGAGACUCCCUGAAUAUGUUGGUCUUAUUUCGAUUGAUGAAAAAAUAUGCACAAAACAUGUAAAAUCAAACUUUCCUUAUAUUUACUCCACCUACCACCCACACCCUUCAAGUUAACCCUAACAGUCCUGAGGCUCCAGGAAGCUGAGGCUCCAUGGUCUGCAGGAUGGCGUGGUUGGUGCCGUUCAGUCUCUCGCUCAGCGUCAAUGGGCACUCUCCGUGGAGGAAGUUGGCCAGGUAGCCCUGUGGAGAGAUUAUUCAAAUU